UCCUGUUUCAGCUGCCAGCAGCUGACAGCUUCGACUACGAUGGAAGCCGUGGGUUUAGACGAACUCGCCCACCGGAUCUUGAGCAAAGUCUUCGAAGGCGAUUGUGCCUUCUGUGAAAAAUGGAUACCGGAACACGAAUGUUAUGAAGUCGUCUACGACAUCUUGGGAGCCCCGUUGCGAUCGCACUCCGGCUGUGUGGUGUACAACGUUGACCUCCGAGGUCGAGAAAUCACGAGGGACGUCCUUCGCGACGCUUUACUUCAAUGCCAAUCCGUGAAGUGCGUUGAGUGCCGGAGGCCGCGCGCAACCGUGAGCUGCCGAGACCAUUAUGUUCACUUCACCUGCGCCGAGAAUGACGGCGUCAAGCCGCCGAGGUGCAGCGCGUGUGCCGGAAACAAUAUUUCAAUGUGAGAGAGGCUCAUCUGGUGUCUGCAUAACAGUAAAGAAUCUCGCCCGUUUGUCUCCGGGAGUCAGAAUAUCCUACGCAGAUCUGUGAAUACUUUAAUGUAUAUAGUGGAAUAAAUGUGUAUAUAUUUUUUUU